AUGGAGGAGGAGGCUAUCCGCGGGGCGCUGGUCGCCGUGUGGCACAACGUAGAGUGCGUGGAGAAGCGGAUGGGCGUUGAUCCUUGGGGGCGACUUCUUUCUGCUGCGUCGCCCUUCAAUCUGCAUCGAAAAGCGCGACGGCGCCUCGUCUUCGUCCGCGGCCUGGGCGCGGUGGAGCCUCCUGCGAAGCACACUACAGCUGCGCACAAGCCCCACGAGAUCGGCAUCCUGCUGCUGCUGCUGCUGCUGAGCCUCUUCCACUGA